AUGGAGGAAUAUGUCCGCGAGCGCGAGCGUCUCAUCGUCAAGGACAGAUCCCUACGGGUCGACGCCAAUGCCUUCGGGGCUGCGAGCCAUACAGAAAACCAGGCGGACGAGAUCUUGCGUCGGAUUAGGACAGAGGAACAUGAGACGGUAUGGGACCGGGCGGCUCCUGAGAUCCCAGGAGCGGCGCAUGUCUUUCCAGGGAUGGAGUUCCUUACAGCGCGCGAGACGAUCUUGAAGACGAAGCUCUUCCAAGCUGUAUCCAAGAUGCCGAAGGGCGCACUCCUCCAUUCCCAUUUGGACGCGACCGUAAACGCGCGUGUUCUCCUCAACAUCGCACUCAAGCACCCCGCGAUCCACGUCCGCACUAGCAUACGGCUCACCGGGGAGACUAUCUACACCGUACUUCCCGAGUUCCGGCCUUUGCCCCAGGACGAGUGGACUAGUCUUGGAAGCCUGACGGAUAGCGUGUACGAGCCAGGGCAGUGGGUGCCCUUGCUAAACGCAAGGAGUGCCUUCGAAUCCGACCUAGGUGGAACGGCAGGGUUUGACGAAUGGGCGGUGCGCGCCCUCACUAUCAACCCUACAGAGGCGUAUCAUACGCACAACACAACUGCAAAGAUCUGGGAGAAAUUCCUAUCGACCUUUGCUGUAGCGCGGGGCCUUGUACGGUACAUGCCGAUCUUUGUGGAGUACGUCCGGGAAUUCUUCCUGUCGUCUAUCGAGGACGGCAUCUCGUAUAUCGAGACACGCAUCCCGUUCUGGUACAAAUACAUGAUCGGUGCGGAUGGGCAAGAGAACGUGCCGCAUCGUGAAUGGCUCCUCAUCUACGACGAGGUUAUCGCAGGGGUGAAGCGAGACCUUGCAGCGCAGGGCAGGAGCGAUGAGUUCGUUGGGUCCAAGAUCAUAUAUAGCGCGGUGAAGAAAGACCUCACUUGCGAGGGGCUGGAGUGGUAUCUAGAGGACUGCAUCGCGCUCAAGCAGGAGUUCCCUCAUCUCAUCUGCGGUUUCGACCUCGUAGGCCCUGAAGACCCGCUGCCGCCGCUCAUCAACUUCAUAGUCCCCUUCCAACGCUUCGUCGCGCGGCAGAAAGAGCUGGGCCUCGACAUCCCUUUCAUCCUCCACGCGGGAGAGACUCUGGGCGAUGGGACCGCGGCAGACAUGAACCUGUACGACGCUAUCCUUCUUGGGACGAAGCGCAUCGGCCACGGUUUCUCCCUCGCGAAACAUCCGAAGCUGAUGGAGCUGUGCCGGGAGAGAAACAUCGCGGUCGAAAUGUGUCCGAUAUCGAACGAAAUCUUGCGACUCACAGGUUCCAUGCCGAUGCACCCGCUCCCAAUACUCAUGAACCAGGGCGUGCCCAUCACCCUGAACUCCGAUGACCCCGCUGCGUUCGGCAACAUGGGCCUCUCCUUCGACUUCUUCCAGGUCCUCAUUGUAAGCGAGGUGACCGGGUUGCUCACCGUGAAGGCACUCGCGCGGGAUAGCCUGAAGUAUGCUUGCUUGGCGCCAGAAGAACAAAGCGCAGCGCUGGCUCUCUUUGACAGGCGAUGGUCGACGUUUGUUCAGUGGCUCGUUGACACGUUUUCGGGCGAGGCCCGCUCGUAA